CUCAGAAGAAGCCUCCUUUCGAUCUGUCAGCCAUUGAAGAAACCUCCUUUCGAUCUGUCAGCCAUUGAAGAUCAGAAGAAACAAGACUCACACGGUCAGCCAUUGAAGAAGCCUCCUCUCAUUACCUCUCAUCAAACAUCUAGAUCUGUACCCAAACCUUAUCCCUUUUUCCUUAUUUCUCGCUUUGUCUAUUCUUAAUCUGAUUAAUACUUGUUGUUGUUCCAGGUUAUAGAAGAUCUGGGUUGUGUUAUAUGCUUCAUUUUCUCCACAGCGACCAGUUGGUGUUUGGUUCUUAGAUUCAUGAAGACCAAUAGAGAGGAAAUUUACGUUGAAAGAAGCUUCAAACCAAACAAUUCAACAAUUCAGAAUUUGAUGGACAUUGAAAGGUUCAUUUUGCCUCACACUUCUACAUCAGGUGUCGCAAGGCUCAAAAUGAGGGUCAUAUCAUGGGUCGGGCUUCAGUUCUACAACUACUGAUAUUGGGCCUUAUCACAAAUUAGUUAUAGGGCCAUUGUAUCCAAUAUUUAAUAUCUCUGUAAACUUGUUUAAUGGUUAUUUUGUUCUAAUGCCCAUUACAACUAGACUUAAUAUCAAUAUAAAUACUUUGUAAAAUACUUUUUUUUUGUUAAAGAGUCACCAAAUAGUAUAAAAUAAGGCAUAAAAUACAGUAAUUAUAUGGAUACU